AGGGAUUCAAACACUGCUCUCCAGAGUUUUAGGGCAACGUUCAAACUAUUAGACCACACUGGUUCUCUUAGACGGCCUUAAGGAUCCCAGAUUCUCUAAUUCUAUGAAAAGUGGCAAGUGGGAUUUGGAAAAGACAUCCGCGAUCAAGACUCCACUCAACUUUAAAGCUCACUGCAUGACCACUCACUCUGUACCAGCCAACAGAGUCAUUGCUCAAGGAUGAGGACAGCUGCAACUCGAGUGUUUAUCACACAUCCACCAUGCCAGUUGCAGAUCCCCGAGGAGAUGUGGGCCGUUGGGCCAAUGUCAGUUACCGUGUGCGGCAACCCAGCCAGCCAGAGGUCACCCCCAGAAGAAAGAAACGGAACUGGUUCCACAAAUGUUGCAGCUGCUGCUCGGGUCAGGCGGACUCUGGCGAUUGGGGUCCAGCCCCUGGGGAGGUACCCGGGGCCCGGCGAACAGAGCCUGUCAUUCGCGAGGGCAUGCUAGUUGUCAGUGGGAUUGACUUGAUGAGCAGCCGCUCCAGCAGCAACCGCCGUGCCCACCACACAAAUGAGUAUGAAUACGACAACCUCAUAAUCCGUCGUGGGCAACCCUUUGACAUGAAGCUGCAGUUCCGGCAGCCCUACGACCCUGAAGACCAUCGUGUCUGCCUCGAAUUCCUCAUCGGUCCCAACCCACAAGUUUCCAAGGGCACCCACAUUUUGGUCCCUGUGGGUAGCUCUCUGCCAGGCUUGGGCUGGUCAGCAGAGUUGAGAGACACAGACACAAACACCAUGUCCCUGCGGGUAUCCACCUCACCCAACGCUGUGAUUGGAAAAUACCAGUUCAGCGUCAAGACACGAAGCAAAGCGGGCGAGUACCAGGCACCCUUUGACCCUCGCUAUGAAAUCUACAUCCUCUUCAACCCCUGGUGCCCCGAGGAUCCUGUUUACCUGGAAAAGAGCAGUUUGCUAGAGGAAUACAUACUGAAUGAAUCCGGACGAAUCUACUAUGGGACAGAAAGCCAGAUUGGGGAACGAACGUGGAAUUAUGCUCAGUUUGACCAUGGUGUAUUAGAUGCCUGCCUCUACAUGCUGGACCGGCGUGGAAUGCCUCACGCAAGUCGAGGAGACCCCAUCAUGGUCUCCCGUGUUGUCUCUGCCAUGGUGAACUCUCUGGAUGACAAUGGGGUGCUGGUAGGGAACUGGACAGGCGACUAUUCCCGUGGCACCAACCCUUCAGCGUGGGUGGGGAGCCGAGACAUCCUCCUGAAGUAUCACAAAACUGGCUACCCUGUUCUCUACGGACAGUGUUGGGUGUUUGCUGGAGUUGUGACCACAGUGCUGCGUUGCAUGGGCAUUGCUACACGGACAGUCACCAACUACAACUCGGCGCAUGACACAGACGUCAGCCUCACUAUGGACAUAUACUUUGAUGAGAACAUGAAGCCGCUGGAGCACCUCAAUGCUGACUCUGUCUGGAAUUUCCAUGUUUGGAAUGACUGCUGGAUGAAGCGGCCUGAUCUUCCUUCAGGAUUUGAUGGCUGGCAGGUGGUUGAUGCCACUCCUCAAGAGUCUAGUAGUGGUAUCUUCUGUUGUGGUCCCUGCUCUGUCGAGGCAAUCAAGAACGGACUGGUCUACAUGAAAUAUGAUGCCUCCUUCUGCUUUGCUGAGGUGAACAGCGACAAGGUGUACUGGCAGCGCCAGUCUGAUGGGACUUUCAAAAUAGUCUAUGUGGAGGAGAAAGCCAUCGGCCACUUAAUCAGCACCAAAGCUGUGGGCUCCCACCAGCGUCAGGACAUCACUGACCUUUACAAACACCCUGAAGGGUCUGAAGAAGAGCGCAAAGCAGUGGAAACAGCUGCCAAACAUGGCACCAAGGCCCACAUCUACACCAACAAGGAAUGGGGAGAGGAUAUCUCAGUGACCGUAGACACACAAGAGGCCUACACAGGCCAGGACAUUUCCUUGCGGGUCAACCUGAAGAACCGAAGCUCCAUGCCUCGCAACGUCUCCCUCAACCUCUUUGUGUCCGUCAUGUACUACACGGGAGUAACAGGCAGCCGGUUCAAGGAAGAACACCGGCAAGUCCAGGUGCCGGCAGGCGGAGCCCAAGCUGUUCCGAUGGUGGUCUCCUACCCAGAGUACAAGCCUCACCUGGUUGACCAGGGAGCUAUGAAGCUGAGCAUCUCUGGAAAAGUGACAGAGACUGGACAAGUCAUCGCUAAAGAGCACACCUUCCGCCUCCGCACACCAGACCUCACUCUCACGCUUCUGGGCCCAGCUAUCGUUGGACAGGAAACCCAAGUCCAGAUCGUCUUCAAGAACCCGCUGUCUGUGACGCUGACCAACGCCAUCUUCCACAUGGAGGGAUCAGGCCUCUCCACUCCCAACACGAUGACAGUGGGGAAUAUUGGCCCUCACCAGACCGUGACGCUGCGACAGAACUUCACUCCUCUGCGUGCCGGACAGCGCCAACUGGUUGCCAGCUUGGACAGCCCACAACUCUCCCAGGUCCAUGGGGUGCUGACACUCAACGUCCUGCAGUCUCCUCCUCCAGGUCCGUCAGCCUCCCCAGCACCUAAUCGAAGUUCUCCUGCCCGACGCCGAGGUUCGCCUGCCCCUGCCAACAAUUCACCUGCCCCUGCCAGGGCUUCGCCCGCCACUACAAGGGCUUCGCCUGCCCCGACCCGAGCAUCUCCGGCCCUCACCCGGGCUUCUCCUGCCAGGCAGCCCGCUGUCCACAGCAACCCUGCCAACUCCCACGGUUCUCCUGCACGCCAGCCGGAUCUCCGGGGUUCCCCCUCACGCCAGCCGGACCCCCGAGGAGCCCCCAAUGCUCAUGGGUCACCUGCCGCUCGGAGAGCGGGCCGGACAGGGCGACCAGUCUGAGCCAGUUCUUCAUUACCAUGUACUGUGUCAUUAACAUGAUGCCAGCAAAAAGGGGUCUGGGGUGAGCAGCAAAAUGGAGGGGUCAGGAAGAGGCCUGUGUGUGAAGACACUGACCCACAGCAGUAAUAAUAGGAAGCAGAAAACCAUAAGAUUAUUGGGACUCUCCGUCCGUGAAGGCCAUCCCACCAUCUUGGUCAGUUCAUAUGUUCUCUGCCUUCUUCCAUUAUCUCUGCUCUUCUUGCCGUACAAUUUUUGUGCAUUCCUCCUCUGCUUCGCCCUUUUUCCUCUUUAUAUUUUAUCUACUCCAGCUUCCCUGCAUGAUUUCAAUUCUCUGCACCCAUCCCUUUUUCAAACUGGCCCAUCCUCUCUUGGGCCAUUUUUCUGUCCACAUGCAAAUCAUUCUGUUUUUUGCACGCUUCCUUCAUUCUCCACCUCCUCUGCACCAUUUGCCCCACGUUGUCACGAUUUUGUUUCUGCACUGGUAAAGGUUAUAGCCCUGCUGUUGCCAUCCUACAAUGCUCACGCCUUCACACCAUCCCAAAAAAAGGGCGAUGCAAAUUGUCCUGUUUUCUUCACUGUGAUAUUAACUAUACACUGAACCUCACUGGAGCAUUUUUGCCUCACCAAUGGUAAAGGAAAGCAGCAACCUCCUUAGGAAGAGGUUGUAGUUUUGCUUUAUUAUUAUUAUUAAAAUCUAGAGACUUUAAAACUUUUCCUAAUCUCAAAGGGGACCUUUCGCACUGCCACACUGUAACAUUAUGGUUCCAGCUUAAUUGCUAUGGGUCCCUCCAAUACAGUCCUGGGAUGUGCAGUUUGAAGGAGAGACUUUUAGUGCCUCACCAACUGCAAAACCCCAGCAUUCCCUAUGAUGCAUGCAGCCAUCAUUGCAGUUAAACUGGAACCCUAGCGCUAUAAUUGAGUAGUGUAAAAAGGCCUAAACUAGUAUUGAGACUUUGCCAUUUUUAUCACUAUGUAUUUAUGCUGGAAUUAUCACUGCUUCACAUGUUCUGCAGCACUAGAAAAUGCGCCCCACGCUCCUUUGACUAGCACUGAAGCUGAACAGUUGGUUUUAAAAUAGCAGUCGGUUUUAAAGAAACAACAGCCAUGGACCAAAUUUGAGCCAAAGAGGGGUGUCUGGGGAGGGCAUCUUCAUAGCCAGCCGGAGGAAAGGGGACACGCUGCUUUUUAAAUGUUGUGGAAUUAUGAACAAAAGCCAAAUAACUUCUGUGAUUUUAUUUUAUUUUUCUUGCACUAAUGUAAGUAUUUAUUUGGAAAUAAAAUGUUUUUAACUCAAA